AUGUUCGACUCAUCUCUCUCCUCCAUGUAUGUGCGAUGCGUCUCCCUCCACCGCACACGACACAUCUCUCUAUACUCUGCACGACACAUCACUCUCCUCUGCGCGCGACACAUCUCACUCCUUCACGCGCGAUGCAUCUCCUUCCACCAUGCCACUGGUGCGCACAACUAUCUCCCUCCUCUGCGCAUAACCAUCUCCCUCCUUCGUGGGAUGAGCCUUGAUUCGGAUAUUCCAAUGCUUGUGAAGGCUCAUGAAUCUUCCUACUUCAUAUCAAGGCUCACAAGAAGAUGA